UUUCUGCUGAGUGCAGACGUGUCUACCGUUUUUAUUUCGUGCAAAAAUUGUGCAAAGGUUGGGAAAACAGUUUAUCUUGGAAAUAUCGUAAUCCCGUUGGUGUUCCAUGAUGGGGGAUUCACUGGAGACUACUGUCAUGGGCAGCAUGGGAAGUGAUCCACCUCAAUCGGUGGUCGAUGCCGAAUCGGUCGCCAUUAUUGACUACGAUGGCUUCACCAACUACAUUCGUAAGGCGGUAACCAUCCUUCUGCCGGAGGAGGAUGUCGUACCGAUGCCGCUAAAUACGGCCCUCGAUGAUCCAGGCAAUCAAGAGUGUAUCCGGAAGUUCCUUUCCGAUCCGCAAACCCAAGCGCUGUUCAUCCAGCGGUCGUGUUUUAAGGAUGACGAAAAUGAACCACCUACCGAGGGCGAGGAGGAGAAGGAUGCCGUGUCCUAUUACAUCAGCAAUGAUGUCCACUUCACCAAUCAAAGGAUGGCAUCGUUGGUAUGCGUUAAGCGUAGCGCCGUGAUCGAAGCGGACAAAUCGAUCCUGUCGCAAAUUCGAUUGAUUAAUUUUUCCGAAGGAUCUCCGUACGAAACGCUUCACUCAUACAUCAGCAAAACCCUAGCGCCGUUCUUCAAAAGCUACGUCAAGGAAUCUGGUCGAGCGGAUCGCGACGGCGAUAAGAUGGCUCCCUCGGUGGAGAAAAAACUAACUGAGCUCGAGAUGGGAUUGUUGCAUCUGCAACAAAAUAUUGACAUUCCGGAAGUUACGCUGAAUAUCAACGGCACCGUUGCGCAAGUUGUUAAAAAAUGCGCUGAUGAAGGUCGCAAAGCAAAAAUAACUGAUUUUGGUGAUAAGGUCGAAGAUUCCACUUUUCUGAACACAUUACAAAACGGAGUAAAUCGUUGGAUCAAGGAGAUUCAGAAGGUAACGAAGUUGGAUCGUGAUCCUUCUUCUGGAACUGCGCUACAGGAAAUCUCGUUCUGGUUAAACUUGGAACGUGCCUUGCAUCGCAUCCAGGAGAAACGUGAAUCUCCGGAAGUGGCUCUGACACUAAACAUUUUAAAACAUGGUAAACGAUUUCACGCAACUGUUUCAUUUGAUACCGAUACCGGACUGAAGCAAACCCUGGCAAUGGUAGCUGAUUAUAACCCGCUGAUGAAGGAUUUUCCGAUUAAUGAUUUACUAUCAGCUACCGAGCUGGAUAAAAUACGUCAAGCGGUGCAAUCCAUAUUCAAUCAUCUUCGCAAGAUACGUAGCACAAAGUAUCCGAUUCAACGUUGUCUACGACUGAUCGAGGCGAUUUCCAGAGACCUCAGUCAGCAGCUGUUGAACGUUCUCGGAACUCGUCGUUUGAUGCAUAUCCCCUUUGAUGAAUUUGAACGUGUAAUGAAUCAAUGCUUUGAGGUUUUCAGCUGUUGGGAUGAUGAGUAUGAUAAACUGCAGGGAAUUUUGAGAGAUAUUGUAAAAAAGAAACGAGACGAACAUAUUAAGAUGGUUUGGCGCAUAGCUCCGGCACACAAGAAGUUGCAGCAGCGUAUGGAGCACAUGCGCAAAUUUCGUCGUCAACACGAGCAAUUACGGACUGUGAUUGUUCGUGUUCUGCGUCCUGCUCGCCAGCCUUCCGGUAUUGCUGGCAGUGGAGAUGCCGGAAGUGUCGACGCUAAGCAACCAUACAGCCUGGAUAGCGCCGAUGCAAAUGCCAAUGAAGAAGUUAACCUAGCUUAUGAGAAUGUUAAGGAGAUCGAAUGUUUGGAUAUCUCCAAGGAAGGAUCGGAAGCUUGGGAUGCGGCGAUCAAGCGCUACGAGGAAAGAAUCGAUCGUGUGGAAACACGUAUUACAGCUCACCUGCGUGAUCAGCUCGGAACGGCGAAGAAUGCCAACGAGAUGUUCCGUAUAUUUUCGCGCUUCAAUGCACUUUUUGUUCGGCCUCAUAUCCGCGGGGCUAUACGGGAGUAUCAAACGCAGCUGAUCCAACGCGUAAAGGACGACAUCGAAGCUUUGCAUGAGAAGUUUAAGGUUCAAUAUCCUCAGAGCAAGAGCUGCCGAUUGUCGGUUGUUCGAGACCUCCCUCCAGUCGCCGGAUCCAUAAUAUGGGCUCGUCAAAUUGAUAAUCAACUGACAAUGUAUCUGAAACGCGUCGAAGACGUUCUCGGCAAAGGGUGGGAAUCGCACAUUGACGGACAGAAAUUGAAAGCCGACGGUGACAGCUUCCGGGCCAAACUAUCUACGGCUGAGGUGUUCCAGGAAUGGGCUCGGAAAGUACAGGAACGUAACACCGGAAUAACUGGUCGAAUUUUCCUAAUCGAAUCCACUCGUUCUCGCACCGGACGUGGCAACACGCUGAGAUUGAGAGUGAAUUUUUUGCCGGAGAUCAUUACCCUCUACAAGGAAGUUCGUAACUUGAAAAGUUUGGGAUUUCGCGUUCCGUUGGCUAUUGUUAAUAAGGCACAUCAGGCGAACCAGCUGUACCCGUUUGCUAUUUCCUUGAUCGAAAGCGUCCGAACCUAUGAGCGCACCCUGGAGAAGCUAACAAAUAGGAGUUUAGCACAAAAUUCAGUAUUCAAGAUCGAGGACCGUGCCAGCAUUAUCCCGCUGGUCGCUGGGCUACGCAAGGAAGUGCUUGCUCUGAUCUCCGAAGGUAUUGCCCUAGUCUGGGAAAGUUACAAGCUCGAUCCUUACGUUCAACGGCUAUCGGAGAAUGUUACCUCCUUCCAGGAGAAAGUGGAGGAUUUGCUCGUCGUGGAAGAACAACUGGAUGUGGACGUUCGGUCGCUGGAGACGUGCCCGUACAGUGCGGCCACUUUCGCUGAUAUUCUGUCCAAGAUUCAGCACGCAGUGGAUGACCUCUCGCUGAAGCAGUACUCUAAUCUGCACGUUUGGGUUGCCCGGCUGGAUGAGGAAGUUGAAAAGAAGUUGGCUGCUCGACUGCAGGCGGGUAUUCAAGCUUGGACAGACGCAUUGACCGGAAACAAAAAGGAACUCGAUUUGUCCAUGGAUACGGAUGCCCCCGCUCAGCCAACUAUCAAACCCGGAGGUGAUCCGCACAUUCAGAAAGCGAUUCAUGAGAUCCGUAUUACCAAUCAGCAGAUGUAUCUGUAUCCUUCCAUUGAGGAAGCUCGCUUCCAAAUUAUGCAACAAUUGUUUGCGUGGGAGGCUAUUGUGACAUCGCAGACUCGUCUGCAGAGCUCUCGCUAUCAGGUUGGACUCGAUAAGCCCGUGUCACAAACGUACAGAAAUCUGCUGACAAAGUUGCCGGGUGGAUCUGACCCGUUGGAAGGUGCGUAUGGAGCAAUUGAAAAUCAGAUUUCAGAAGUGCGCAACUAUGUGGAUGAGUGGCUUCGCUAUCAGAGCUUGUGGGAUUUGCAAGCGGACACGUUGUACGGUCGUUUGGGUGAGGAUAUUAAUUUGUGGAUAAAAUGUUUGAAUGACAUCAAGAAAUCACGAACCACGUUCGACACAUCGGAUACACGCCGUGCAUACGGUCCAAUUGUCAUCGAUUACGCUAAGGUUCAGGCCAAGGUUACACUCAAGUACGAUUCGUGGCACAAGGAAGCUCUAAGCAAAUUUGGACAGCUGUUGGGUAACGAAAUGACAACCUUUCACACCAAGGUGUCGAAGAGUCGUAGCGAUCUGGAGCAACAGAGUAUUGAAGCUGCCAGCACUUCUGAUGCCGUUUGUUUCAUUACCUAUGUACAAUCUCUAAAGAAAGAAAUGCUCGUAUGGGAUAAACAGGUCGAAGUCUACCGCGAGGCACAGAGAAUUUUGGAACGGCAACGAUUCCAGUUCCCGAACAGUUGGCUACAUGUAGAUAACAUCGAAGGUGAAUGGUCCGCUUUCAACGAGAUUAUGAAGCGCAAGGAUUCUGCUAUUCAGACACAAGUUGCCAGUCUACAGACUAAGAUUGUUGCCGAGGACAAAGCUGUGGAAUCGAGAACGUUGGACUUCUUGAAUGAUUGGGAAAAGAAUAAGCCAACUGGUGGACGUACUCGUCCAGAUGAUGCUUUGCAACAGUUGCACAUCUUCGAGACGAAAUUUUCCCGACUGAAGGAAGAGCGUGACAAUGUGGCUAAAGCCAAAGAAGCUCUCGAGUUACAAGAGUCGGCAAUUCCGAACAAUAGUACCGAGCGAAUGUCGGUCGUUCUCGAGGAGUUGCAAGAUCUUCGCGGAGUUUGGAGUGAACUUUCCAAAAUUUGGACCCAAAUUGAUGAAACUCGUGAGAAGCCGUGGCUUUCCGUACAACCGAGAAAGCUUCGCCAAUCACUGGAGGCGAUGAUGAACCAGUUGAAGGAAUUGCCCGCUCGUUUGAGAAUGUACGAAAGUUAUGAGUAUGUUAAAAAGCUAUUGCAAAGUUACAUAAAGGUAAACAUGAUGAUCGUUGAGCUAAAAUCCGAUGCCUUGAAGGAACGUCACUGGAAGCAGCUUACCAAACAACUACGCGUUAGCUGGGUGUUGUCUGAUUUGACUCUGGGUCAAGUCUGGGAUGUCAAUCUGCUGAAAAAUGAAUCGAUCGUGAAGGAUAUCAUUUUGGUAGCUCAGGGCGAGAUGGCCCUGGAGGAAUUCUUGAAGCAGGUUCGCGAAAGUUGGCAAAACUACGAACUAGACCUCAUCAACUAUCAAAACAAAUGCAGAAUCAUACGCGGUUGGGAUGACCUAUUCAACAAAGUCAAAGAGCACAUUAACUCCGUUGCAGCUAUGAAAUUGUCCCCGUACUACAAAGUGUUCGAGGAAGAAGCUCUAACCUGGGAAGAGAAACUAAACCGUAUUAAUUCACUGUUCGACGUAUGGAUCGAUGUCCAGCGCCGUUGGGUCUACUUGGAGGGUAUCUUUUCGGGAAGUGCCGACAUUAAGACAUUGCUUCCAGUGGAGACCUCGCGUUUCCAGAGCAUCAGUUCGGAGUUCCUUGGGCUGAUGAAGAAGGUAGCCAAAUCGCCGAAGGUGAUUGAUGUGCUCAACAUUCCCGCUGUUCAGCGAUCCCUAGAAAGAUUGGCUGAUUUAUUGGGAAAGAUUCAGAAAGCCCUAGGAGAGUACUUGGAGCGGGAGAGAACAUCAUUCCCCCGGUUCUAUUUUGUUGGUGAUGAAGAUUUGCUCGAAAUUAUUGGUAACAGCAAAAAUGUAGCUCGUUUGCAGAAGCAUUUCAAAAAGAUGUUUGCCGGAGUUGCUUCCAUAUUGUUGAAUGAGGACAACACAGUCAUCCUGGGAAUUGCUUCGCGUGAAGGGGAGGAGGUAAAAUUCACAAAGCCUGUCUCAACGAUAGAUCAUCCGAAGAUCAACGAAUGGCUGACUUUAGUUGAGAAGGAAAUGAGAUUUACGUUGGCAUCUUACUUGGCUCAAGCUGUGCAGGACAUCAAGCAGUUUAAAGAUGAAAUUGACACUCAAAAAUAUAUGGAAUGGUGUGACAAGUACCAAGCUCAGAUUGUGGUUUUGGCAGCUCAAAUCCUCUGGUCAGAGGACGUGGAAGCAGCUUUACAACAAGCUUCGGAUAGUCCAAGUAACAAAUCUCCCUUGAACCGUGUUUUAACUACAGUUGAAACUACACUGAACGUGCUAGCUGAUUCCGUUUUACAAGAACAGCCUCCUUUGCGACGCAAGAAGCUCGAACAUCUGAUCAACGAGUUCGUCCACAAGCGUACCGUGACUCGCCGUUUAAUAGCUCACGGUGUCAACAACCCAAAAUCUUUCCAUUGGCUAUGUGAAAUGCGAUUCUACUUCGAUCCGCGUCAAACUGAAGUCCUCCAGCAGCUCACAAUCCAUAUGGCGAAUGCACGUUUCUAUUAUGGUUUCGAGUAUCUCGGAGUUCAAGAUCGUCUCGUACAGACACCACUAACCGAUCGCUGUUACUUGACGAUGACCCAAGCGCUGGAAUCACGACUCGGUGGAUCACCGUUCGGGCCGGCCGGUACUGGUAAGACCGAAUCGGUGAAGGCACUUGGUAAUCAACUGGGUCGUUUCGUGCUCGUAUUCAACUGUGACGAAACAUUCGACUUCCAGGCGAUGGGACGUAUCUUUGUUGGUUUGUGUCAAGUCGGUGCGUGGGGUUGCUUCGAUGAGUUCAACCGAUUGGAAGAGCGAAUGCUUUCGGCCGUAUCGCAACAAAUACAGACCAUCCAGGAGGCACUCAAGUCCCUACAGGAUAGUUUGAAGGAUGCACAAACUAUCACCGUCGAGUUGGUAGGCAAACAGGUUCGUGUUUCAACCGACAUGGCUAUCUUCAUUACGAUGAAUCCUGGCUACGCUGGCCGUUCCAAUUUACCGGAUAAUUUGAAAAAGCUAUUCCGAUCACUGGCUAUGACAACUCCCGAUCGCCAAUUGAUCGCAGAGGUCAUGUUGUUCAGUCAGGGCUUCCGCACCGCAGAGAAAUUGGCCUGCAAAAUUGUUCCUUUUUUCAAACUAUGCGACGAACAGCUCUCCAAUCAAUCGCACUACGAUUUCGGUCUUCGUGCACUGAAGUCCGUACUAGUUUCGGCAGGUAACGUGAAACGUGACCGUAUUAUGAGAAUCAAAGAGAUGAAGAAGCAUAGCGGCGAGGAAAAUAUCGACGAAGCGUCGAUUGCCGAAAACCUACCGGAACAGGAGAUUUUGAUUCAAUCCGUCUGUGAAACCAUGGUACCGAAGCUGGUGGCGGAAGACAUUCCGCUUCUCUUCUCACUGCUAAGUGAUGUCUUCCCGAACGUUGGAUAUACCCGGGCAGAAAUGAAGGGACUGAAGGAUGAAAUCCGAAAGGUGUGCACUGAAGAGUAUCUGGUGUGCGGCGAAGGUGACGAACAGGGUGGUGCGUGGAUGGAAAAGGGAUUCGGAGAAACUUGGGUCGACAAAGUUCUCCAACUGUAUCAAAUUUCCAACCUCAACCACGGUCUUAUGAUGGUGGGUCCAUCUGGUUCCGGCAAAUCGACAGCUUGGCACGUACUGCUGAAAGCCUUGGAACGUUUCGAAGGUACCGAAGGCGUUGCCCAUGUUAUCGAUCCGAAAGCAAUCUCGAAAGAAGCACUGUACGGCGUGUUGGACCCGAACACUCGCGAAUGGACCGACGGUUUGUUCACGCACAUCCUGCGUAAGAUUAUCGACAAUGUUCGAGGUGAGAUUAAUAAGCGACAAUGGAUUAUCUUCGACGGUGACGUCGAUCCGGAGUGGGUUGAAAAUCUAAACUCGGUGUUGGACGAUAAUAAACUACUCACGCUUCCCAACGGUGAACGAUUGUCGCUGCCACCGAAUGUAAGAAUUAUGUUUGAAGUUCAGGACUUGAAAUAUGCCACAUUGGCUACGGUAUCGCGUUGCGGAAUGGUUUGGUUCUCGGAAGAUGUCCUUUCGACUGAAAUGAUUUUCGAAAACUACAUGGCUCGAUUGAGGAACAUUCCGCUUGAAGAUGGCGAAGAGGAAAGUUUCUCCCAGACGAAGGCAAACGAUAAAGAUGACGAGCUAACACCAGCUUUGCAAACGCAAAGAGAAAUCGCCACAAUGUUACAGCCAUACUUCAAUUCAGAUGGUCUCGUCGUUCGCUGUUUGGAAUAUGCAAUGUCUCAAGAACACAUCAUGGACUUCACUCGUCUACGCGCUCUCAGUUCACUAUUUUCUAUGUUAAAUCAAGGUGCUCGAAAUGUAUUAAACUUCAACCAACAACAUCCAGAUUUCCCGGUUCCACCAGAACAACUUGAACAGUAUAUACCAAAAUUACUCAUCUACUCACUGCUAUGGUCGUUUGCUGGUGAUGCAAAACUUAAGGUUCGCUCUGAUCUGGGUGACUUCUUGCGCAGUGUUACAACAGUUGCUCUACCAGCUCAAUCGGGCAAUCCGAUCAUAGACUACGAGGUUAACAUUCAAGGCGAUUGGGCACCAUGGUCCAACAAAGUACCAGUGAUUGAAGUUGAAACUCACAAGGUCGCCGCUCCGGAUGUCGUUGUACCCACGUUGGACACCGUACGCCACGAAUCGUUGCUAUACACAUGGUUGGCUGAACACAAGCCGCUGGUUCUUUGCGGUCCGCCAGGUUCCGGUAAAACUAUGACUCUUUUCUCGGCUCUCAGAGCACUUCCAGACAUGGAAGUGGUUGGUUUGAACUUUUCAUCCGCUACCACUCCGGAACUGCUCCUGAAAACAUUCGAUCACUACUGCGAAUAUCGCAAAACACCGAACGGAGUUAUUCUAGCGCCAGUUCAACUUGGCAAGUGGCUCGUCCUAUUCUGCGACGAAAUUAAUUUGCCUGAUAUGGAUUGCUAUGGAACACAACGCGUCAUCUCGUUCCUCCGGCAGCUAGUGGAGCACAGAGGAUUCUACCGUGCAGGAGACCAGUCCUGGGUAACUUUAGAACGUAUCCAAUUCGUUGGAGCUUGUAAUCCUCCAACAGAUCCCGGUAGAAAACCUCUAUCGCAUCGUUUUCUGCGGCACGUGCCUAUAAUCUACGUAGAUUAUCCGGGAGAAACUUCUCUUAAACAAAUCUACGGUACAUUCAGCCGUGCAAUGUUGCGCCUAAUGCCGAACCUUCGUGGCUACGCGGAACCACUGACAAACGCAAUGGUGGAGUUCUAUUUAUGUUCACAGGAUCGCUUCACUCAGGACAUGCAACCGCACUACGUUUAUUCACCACGUGAAAUGACACGUUGGGUGCGUGGUAUCUGCGAAGCAAUUCGACCACUGGACAAUCUUCCCGUGGAAGGACUAGUUCGAUUGUGGGCCCACGAAGCACUACGUUUGUUCCAAGAUCGUUUAGUAGAAGAAUCUGAACGUCGGUGGACUAAUGAAAAUAUUGACCUUGUGGCAAUGAAGCACUUCCCAAGCGUCGAUCGCGAGAAAGCGCUGGAGCGCCCCAUUCUGUACAGUAAUUGGUUGUCGAAGGACUACACCCCAGUUAACCGAACGGAGUUGCGAGAUUACGUUAAGGCACGUCUCAAGGUAUUCUACGAGGAAGAAUUGGAUGUACCGCUGGUGCUGUUCGAUGAAGUGCUGGAACACGUUUUGAGAAUUGAUCGUAUCUUCCGCCAGCCUCAAGGGCAUCUACUGCUGAUCGGUGUUUCAGGAGCUGGCAAAACAACGUUGUCCCGCUUUGUAGCUUGGAUGAAUGGAUUGUCGAUUUUCCAGAUCAAAGUCCAUAACAAAUACACCAGCGAGGACUUUGAUGAAGAUUUGCGUUGUGUGCUGAGACGUUCCGGUUGCAAAGACGAAAAGAUUGCUUUCAUACUGGAUGAAUCCAAUGUGUUAGAUUCCGGUUUCUUAGAGCGAAUGAACACACUUCUGGCAAACGGUGAAGUGCCCGGUUUGUUCGAAGGUGAUGAAUAUACAACGUUGAUGACACAGUGUAAAGAAGGUGCCCAACGAGAAGGUCUCAUGCUAGAUUCUAGCGACGAAUUGUACAAGUGGUUCACGCAGCAGGUCAUGCGCAAUUUACACGUAGUAUUCACGAUGAACCCUUCUACCGACGGUCUGAAAGAUCGUGCCGCGACAUCUCCUGCACUGUUCAAUCGCUGCGUGCUCAAUUGGUUCGGUGACUGGUCGGAUUCGGCGCUGUUCCAGGUUGGUAAGGAAUUCACCAUUCGAGUUGAUCUGGACAAACCCACCUGGACCGCAUCGGACUUCUUCCCAGCGGCUUGUCCGUUAAUUAGCAACACUCCAUCGCACCGUGAAGCCGUUAUAAAUGCCUGUGUGUACGUUCAUCAGACCCUGCACAAAGCCAACGCACGCCUUGCGAAGCGAGGUGGACGUACAAUGGCCAUCACCCCGCGGCACUAUCUGGACUUUAUUCACCACUUUGUGAAGCUGUACUCGGAGAAACGAAGCGAUCUGGAAGAGCAGCAGCUUCAUUUGAACGUUGGCCUGAACAAGAUUGCUGAAACUGUGGAACAGGUGGAAGAAAUGCAAAAGUCUUUGGCCGUCAAGUCCCAGGAGCUGCAGGCAAAGAACGAAGCUGCUAAUGCUAAACUGAAACAGAUGUUCAAGGAUCAGCAGGAAGCGGAAAAGAAGAAGGUACAAUCGCAGGAAAUUCAGCAGCAGCUGGCCGAGCAAACGAUUAAAAUCGAAGAAAAGCGUAAGGAUGUCAUGGCAGAUUUGGCUCAAGUUGAGCCGGCAGUUAUCGAUGCUCAAGCCGCGGUAAAAUCGAUCAAGAAGCAACACCUAGUGGAGGUCCGUUCCAUGGCCAAUCCACCGGCUGUCGUUAAGCUGGCCCUGGAAUCCAUCUGUUUGCUGCUGGGGGAGAACGCCUCCGACUGGAAGUCGAUCCGCGCCGUGAUUAUGCGGGAGAAUUUUAUCAAUUCUAUUGUGUCUAAUUUCAGUACCGAAGACAUAACCGACGAUGUUCGCGAAAAGAUGAAAUCCAGAUAUCUCAGCAAUCCGGACUACAACUUUGAGAAGGUCAACCGCGCCUCAAUGGCGUGCGGUCCCAUGGUCAAAUGGGCUAUCGCCCAGGUCGAGUAUGCCGACAUGUUGAAACGCGUAGAACCACUCCGUGAUGAGUUGGGAUCCCUGGAACAUCGAGCUGAGACCAACAUUAAACACGGUCAGGAAGUGAAAGAACUAAUUGCUCAACUCGAACAAAGUAUUGCCUCCUACAAGGAGGAAUACGCGCAGCUAAUCUCGCAAGCUCAGGCCAUCAAAACCGAUCUGGAGAACGUACAGGCCAAAGUUGACAGGUCGAUCGCACUGUUGAAGAGUUUGGUGAUCGAACGAGAACGUUGGGAGGCGACCAGCGAGACUUUCCGCUCACAGAUGUCUACCAUCAUCGGUGAUGUACUGCUGUCGGCUGCCUUUAUCGCUUAUGGUGGAUACUUCGAUCAGCACUACCGAAGCAAUCUGUUCGCGACUUGGUGCCAACACUUGCAAGCUGCCAAUAUCCAGUUCCGAGCCGACAUUGCUAGAACGGAGUACUUGUCCAAUCCGGAUGAGCGACUUCGCUGGCAGGCAAAUGCUCUACCGACUGACGAUCUUUGCACUGAAAACGCUAUCAUGUUGAAACGCUUCAACCGAUAUCCGCUGAUAAUCGAUCCAUCUGGACAGGCUACUGAAUUCAUUUUGAACGAGUUCAAAGACAAGAAAAUCACCAAAACAAGCUUUCUGGACGAUUCAUUCCGUAAGAACCUGGAAUCCGCUUUGCGCUUUGGUAAUCCGCUGUUGGUCCAGGAUGUUGAAAAUUAUGAUCCCAUUCUCAACCCGGUGCUAAAUCGUGAGCUGCGUCGAACAGGAGGGCGAGUUCUAAUUACACUCGGUGACCAGGAUAUCGAUUUGUCACCUUCGUUUGUAAUAUUCCUAUCUACGCGUGAUCCGACGGUUGAGUUCCCGCCGGACAUUUGCUCUCGAGUUACGUUUGUGAAUUUCACUGUCACCAGAAGCUCACUGCAGUCUCAAUGUUUGAAUCAAGUACUAAAGGCAGAAAGACCGGAUAUUGAUGAGAAACGAUCGGAUCUGUUGAAACUACAAGGUGAAUUCCACUUGCGUCUUCGGCAACUAGAGAAGAGUCUUUUGCAGGCACUCAAUGACGCAAAGGGUAAGAUUUUGGACGAUGAUUCCGUUAUUACAACUUUGGAAACGUUAAAGAAGGAAGCGGCUGACAUCGGCCAGAAGGUCGAAGAAACCGACAAAGUUAUUGCUGAGAUUGAAACUGUUUCGCAACAGUAUCUAUCACUUUCGCAAGCCUGUAGUAACAUUUACUUCACUAUGGAUAGUUUGAACCAGGUUCACUUCCUUUAUCAAUACUCGUUGAAAAUGUUCCUGAACAUUUUCAGCACCGUACUACAUAACAAUCCGCGACUAGAGGGUAAAACUGAUCACACAGGACGGUUAUCCAUCAUCACAUCUGAUUUGUAUCGCGUAUGCUACGAACGAGUUGCACGUGGUAUGCUUCAUGCCGACCGGCUUACAUUCGCUAUUCUGCUCUGCCGUAUUCAUUUGAAAGGAACAAGUGAGGCGAAUUUGGAUCAAGAAUUUAGUUUCUUCCUGCGCAAUAAGGAAGGCUUGGUCUCCUCUCCCCAUCACAUCGAUGGCGUAAGUGCUGAGCAAUUGGAGUCAGUGACGCGUUUAGCAAAUCGUCUGCCAAUGUUCCGGAAAUUGUUUGAAAAGAUUCAAUCCAUGCCGGAAUUAUCGGCAUGGUUGCAGCAAGGAUCGCCGGAACAAAACGUCCCAGUACUGUGGGAUGAAUCAAAAGCUCUCUCAGCGAUCUCAGCUGCUAUGCAUCAAUUAUUGCUGAUUCAAGCUUUCAGACCAGAUCGCGUGAUUGCUGCAGCUCACCUGUUUGUUGCAACAGUGCUUGGAGAAGACUUCAUGCCCCAAGCUGAAAAGGAACUUGAUUUCGGAACUUGCGUUGAAAAAGAACUUACCAGCAAUACACCGGCAUUACUGUGCUCUGUUACUGGAUACGAUGCAUCGUCGCGUGUGGAUGAUUUGGCUGCUGAGCUCAACAAGCAGAUCACAAGUAUUGCUAUCGGAUCCGCAGAAGGAUUCAAUCAAGCCGAACGCGUCAUUAACAUGGCUUGCAAAUCUGGACGAUGGGUUCUUCUCAAAAACGUUCAUCUUGCUCCACAAUGGCUUGUUCAGUUGGAAAAGAAGUUACACUCUCUACAACCGCACUCCGGAUUCCGACUGUUCCUCACUAUGGAAAUCAAUCCAAAAGUCCCGGUCAACCUUCUACGUGCCGGUCGUAUCUUUGUUUACGAACCUCCACCUGGCAUUCGAGCCAAUCUUCUACGCACAUUCUCUACGGUUCCCGCCGCUCGCAUGAUGAAACAACCAAGUGAGCGUGCCCGUCUCUACUUCCUGCUUUCUUGGUUCCACGCUAUUGUACAAGAACGCUUGCGCUACGUACCGCUUGGUUGGGCUAAAAAAUAUGAAUUCAAUGAGUCCGAUUUGCGAGUUGCCUGCGACACGUUGGACACCUGGAUCGACGCUACUGCAAUGGGUCGCACAAACCUUCCUCCGGAAAAGGUCCCCUGGGACGCUCUGGUAACACUGCUUUCUCAGAGUAUCUACGGUGGAAAAAUCGAUAAUGACUUUGAUCAGCGCUUGCUUUCAUCUUUCCUGUCAAAGUUGUUUACAGCUCAUAGUUUCGAGGCCGAAUUCGCACUAGUAGCCAAUGUGGAUGGUGUUGCAGGUGGACCAAAUGGCCAACGACAUAUAACAAUGCCGGAUGGAACCCGUCGGGACCAUUUCCUGAAGUGGAUCGAAUCGUUAGCCGAUCGCCAAACACCGUCAUGGUUGGGAUUACCCAACAAUGCUGAAAAAGUACUAUUAACCACUCGUGGAACAGAUUUGAUCAGCAAGCUGCUCAAGAUGCAACAACUUGAAGAUGAUGAUGAGCUAGCCUACAGUAACGAUGAGAGUCUAGCUACAGUACAAACUCGCCAAGAAGACGGACGUCCGUCAUGGAUGAAGACACUGCACAACAGUGCUUUGACAUGGUUGGAGCUGCUACCAAAGCAGCUAGCCACUUUGAAACGGACAGUUGAAAACAUUAAAGAUCCAUUGUAUCGUUACUUCGAACGUGAAGUUUCUUCCGGUGCGAAAUUACUGCAAACAGUAGUCAGCGAUCUCCAGGAUGUAGUUUACAUUUGUCAAGGAGAAAAGAAACAAACCAACUAUCAUCGUACUAUGCUCAGCGAACUCGUUCGAGGUAUUCUUCCAGCUGGUUGGAGACGAUACACAGUACCAGCGGGCUGUACUGUCAUCCAGUGGGUUACCGAUUUCAGUCAUCGAGUUCAACAACUACAGAAAGUAUCAACUUUAGUUUCACAGGCCGGAGCGAAGGAGCUACAGAGUUUCCCCGUCUGGUUGGGCGGUUUGUUCAAUCCAGAGGCAUACAUUACUGCCACUCGUCAGUGCGUGGCACAAGCUAAUAGCUGGUCACUGGAGGAACUUACACUGAACGUCACUAUUACCGAGAAUGGAUCCGAUGGGUUUGACAACCUCAAGGAUAGCAGCUUUGGUAUAUCGGGCUUAAAAUUACAGGGAGCACAAUGCAAGAACAACCAACUUCUAUUGACGUCAGCCAUUAUGACGGAACUCCCGUUGACGCUUCUCAAAUGGACGAGAAUCGAUUCGGAAGGCGCACGUGCAGCCAAGUUGACACUUCCAGUAUAUUUGAACUCAACCAGGACAGAAUUACUCUUUACCGUCGAUAUGACGGUUGCUCCCGGGCAAGACCCGCACAGCUUCUACGAAAGGGGCGUAGCAGUGUUAUCCUCUACUGCUUUGAACUAAAAUUCAAUAACAUACCAGUCGCAUAUUUAAUAUUCUUCAUUCACAAUAUUCAAUGGUUCAAAAAUUAAUGGAAAAUAAUAUACCAACAACUACAAUUAUUAUAUAAUACAAUAAACGUAUAACGUACUCAACAUACAACUAUAUUUUGG